AUGGCAAAGACUCCUACGAAUUUCACCGAGUCACCGAGUCCACUAUGCACAAUCCGCACGAGGCAAGGCCAGGCCGAUGUUGCCCCGAACGUCGAUGGAGGCGAAACCUCAGGAUGGAACAUUCUUUUCGGUCUUUGGCCGUUCCAGUCAUGUCGAAUGGGUGGAAAGGCUCCGGAGAGUCCGAUCCCCACCGCACGCGUUCCAUGGAAGACCCGCCCACGAGGCGAUGAGGUCACCUGA